GGGCAGCACACAAAAUAGGAAUGUGUCCCACGGCUUGUCCUUUGCAUCCUAAGUUGUGAACAAACGCGCUCAAUGUUCAUGUCGUACUCACAUUACCAGCCGGGGCAGCAUCCAGCGGGGACAACAUAUCCGUAUUAUCACCCAGGUGCACCAGGCGCAUAUGCUCACCCUCAGACUCCAGGCUAUCCAGCCUACCACCAAGGCUACGCCACAGGUGUGACUGGCUACGGCGCAUGGCCAUAUCCAUACACCUAUAUCCCACAGCAGCCUGCCCAAGCUCCUUCUCAACAGGCAGCACGGCCCACAGUACAGACAACGGCGCCGCCUGCCGUAACCCCUACCCCCACUCCAGUCGUUGCCACCCCGAAGACGACCACAUUUACAUCCUAUACCCCAACCUACGCCCGAGAAACUGCUCCUGCUGCCACAACAGGUGGAGGUACUGGGCGCAGUAGAAAACAGGCGAAUUUCAAGGGCCUUUUUUCCAAAGAACUGAAAAACCUCAUGUAUGGUUUCGGCGAUGAUCGUAAUCCCGCCAAUGACACAGUCAACGUCAUGGAAGAAAUACUUGUCGAGUUCAUUGCAGAUAUUUGUCAAACUGCUGGUGGUCCACAACGGAAAACACGAUUGUCUAUUGAAGACCUUCGUCGAGCUUUGUCGAGGUUGGCAGAUGCGAAAAAGCUCGCUCGUAUGGAGGAAUUGUUAUUCAUGCAGGAGGAUAUUAAGCGUGCUCGGGCUCAGUUCGAGGAAUCUGACAUCACGCAGUCAAAGGAGUACUAGGGAAAUCACUGUAGUAACGCUGUCU